CUGUUCCUGUCGCCAAUCGCGGCUCCCGUUUGCGCGCUCACAGCGGCGCGGCGGUCCCAACACGGGCCUCAGACUCCGGCUUUGGGUGAAAGAAAAUGGCCCGAACCAAGCAGACUGCUAGGAAGUCGACCGGGACCGUGGCUCUGCGAGAGAUCCGUCGCUACCAGAAGUCGACUGAGCUGCUCAUCCGGAAGCUGCCUUUCCAGAGGUUGGUGAGGGAGAUCUCCCAGGACUUCAAGACCGACCUGAGGUUUCAGAGUGCAGCCAUCGGUGCCCUUCAGGAGGCCAGUGAAGUGUACCUGGUGGGGUUGUUUGAAGAUACCAAUCUGUGUGCCAUCCACGCCAAGAGAGUCACCAUCAUGCCCAAAGACAUCCAGUUGGCUCGCCGGAUACAGGGGGAGAGAGCUUAAGUCGAGGCGCUUUUUAUGGCAUUUUGUAGUAAAUUCUGUAAAAUACUUUGGUUUAAUUUGUGACUUUUUUUGUAAGAAAUUGUUUAUAAUAUGUUGCAGUUGUACUUAAGUCAUUCCAUCUUUCACUCAGGAUGAACGGGGAGAGUGACUGUUCACAGACCUCAGUGCUGUGGGCACUGCGGCUCAGGAGUGACAAGUUGCAGAUGUGCAGAAGGGAUGGGUGAUAGUACUUGCUUCUCAUGAUGCAUGUUUCUGUAUGUUAAUGACUUGUUGGGUAGCUAUUAAGGUACUAGAAUUGAUAAAUGUACAGGGUCCUUUUGCAAUAAAACUGAUUAUGACUU